CGCAAAGUGCGUGUCCUGCGCAAGCAGCGUGUUCAGCGGAAGGUCGUUUGUUUUCGUCAAUGUGGUUGUUGGUAUCGUCGCUGAAGCUCUUAUAAACUGUUAUUAUCGAAGUGAAAACACUUGAUUACACUGUAGACCAGCAUCUAAGAGCUGUUUGUGCGUAACGAGCAGCUUGUCCGGUGUUGGGGAGGAUUUUUGGAGCAACUUACUGCGUCUUUACGGAUCUGGAGAAGAAACUCGGGAUAUUUAAAGAUGUCCUCCAAGUCCAGCUCGAACAACUUGGCUCUUGCGAAGAGGGUGGUACAGCAGCUCCGGGUCGAGGCCAGUAUCGAGAGGGUAAAGGUGUCCAAAGCUUCAGCCGAUCUCAUGCGCUACUGCAGUGAACACGCCAAGUACGACCCCCUGCUCAUGGGAAUCCCGGCUUCCGAAAACCCCUUCAAGGACAAAAAGCCCUGCAUUUUAUUGUAGUCGCCGCACGUCACCUCGUUCCUUAUUUAAUCAACACUGCCAUGUGACACUGCCUUAACCGCCUGCACUGUGUCGAUCAGCACUAAUCCCAGCCGAACCAUUAGCCUUUUCUGUUGUUAAAAAUAGUACAGUGUGUCGUAUACGUAUAAUGGGUUUUGUUUUUCAUACUGAACUUAAUACAUUCCGUGAAAAUUGAUUAAAAAUUUUACAUGAAAUCCAUCUUUUGUUUUGUAUAAAAGUAAAUAAUUUUGUCUCUAAUUUCCCUCGCUGUUGCUCCGUGUCAAACGACUUCUAUUAACUUCUUUUUUUUUUUUUGAGAAAUAUGUAUGUAGGAAAUUAUUUUUACAUGCUCAUGUGCCUCUAUCUAAUUGAAUGUAUUACGUUUUUGAAAAUGCAAUAGUUUUCUAUGUACAACUUGUAAUUUCGAUGUGGUUUAAUAUGAUACAGUGUGAGGAAGUGUGCAGGAAUCAUUGACUCAGUGAAAGUUAUCUUUGAAGUACAUAAAUUAUUUUUUACAGAUUGCAAACCACAAAUCUUUAAAUGACCAGUGAUUUAUCUCUCUCACAACCACACACGAUGUAUACAGUGUGAAAUAUCAUUAAAACUAAAGCUUAGACUUCGAUAAUAAACCUAUUGUUGUAGUUUAAAUGACACAGUGCCUUCCACUCCAGUACACGCCACAUUGUUCUUCAUACUCGACGCUAUGAGAUCAUCUGAUUACCUCUGCUUGCAUCACACUGCACCUUUCACAUCGCAGUGCUGGAAAAACACCACCUUUGUCCCAUUGACCUCAAACGCUAAAGCCUCGAGGGCAUCUCCUCAGCUGGGAAGAGCUUUGUUACGAAACAAACAAGUUAAUAUUAUUCUCAUUGUAUGUGUGUUAUUUGAGAUAUUGUAGGAAAAUUCCAUUUACAGUAAAAAGAUCAGUGACCAUCAUAUAGCACAAGGACUGCAGGAAUCAACAGCUCUGAAUCUGGUUGCCAUUUUUCAGCUUUUAGAUUCUACACUACAGAGCUUUGGCAUCUAAUGCAAUGUUUUUCAGUACGGAACGGUGACAUUACAGAGGAAGUAAGAAGGGAAGAAAAUACUCAAAUGAUGUCUACGUUUUGUAAUCAGUUGUCUGUUUGUAAUGCUUCGUUUUUGCGAUAUUUGUGACGCUUUCACAUUUCCAGAACAGUGACUUCAUCAGACCUUGAACGAUUCCGUGUGUCUUCAUAACCAUGUCUCCUAAACGAUUUUAUUCAAAUGAUACAAAAUAAAUUAUUUACUGUA